GAAUGUCAUGUUUCCACCUCAGCUGCAGGAUGACAUGAUUCCUUAACAUUCUGCCAAUCCCCUGAGCUGAGGAGCACCUUCAGAGCCUCUGUUUUGUCUCCUAUCUGUCUUGGUAAACUGAGAUUUUGAGUGAACAGCAGUAGUUUUGGACACACAAGCUGGGAAAUGUCUGAUCACACCUGUAUCCUGCUCUCAAAUCUCAUAUCCACAGCUCCCAUUUCACACUUCCUGCCUCUCUCUGUUGUCUUUUCUCUUGCAUUUGAUCCUGUGCUGCCAGUUUCACCUUUUUUUCCGCCCCAUCUCUCUCACUCUGUGUCACUAUAUGUCGAUGAACCAGUCAUGGCAGUGACAUGUGGAAUUUUUCAUUACCUCGCCCCAGGGGCACCAUGCUGCCUCUGCCUGUGUAUCCUACUGCUUUUUUUUCCAACCCUGCCUUCCCUCUCUCUCUCUCACACACACACACUCUCACACACACACUCAUUCUCUCUGUGGCAUUAUUCUGAGUCAGCCCGUGGCGAGGUCUGUGGUUUGUUGUUUGUCAUGCAGCCAGCUGUAUGGGGCAGUCGUAGUAGUAGCCGUCAGUGACUGAUCUCCUCUCCAUGGCCUGUCGUCCCCCCGGCUCUGGCUCCUACACUGUGGUUAUCAUCCCGCUCAGGACCAGCCUCUACAGCCUGGACGCACUUCGCUUCUUCCUAUGGGUUAAGCGUCUGAGGGAACUAGAGAAAGAGAAGGACGCUCUGUGCUCCGGUCUGGAGGUCCUGGAGAAGGCCCGUCUCUGGUACCUCCAGCGGCUGGAGGAGAACAGAGCGAGGCAGGAAAACAUCGAAAUCAAGACGGGGCUCAGCUGCCAGGAAGGUGCAGCAGAGGCUCAGUCUUGCCUCCUCAGGUCUCGCAUUCAGCGGGUGAACGGCUCCCUGGGUUCCGUGAUGAGUGAACCCAAUGUCACCAGCUGCAGCAACCCCUCUCUGCCUGACGCGGUGGCAGACAGCGACCUCCGGUGGCACAACACAGUACUGACUCAGGAGGUGUGUAACAAGAAUCAUCAGAUCUCCAUAUUAGAAUGGGAAAAAGACGCUCUCCUCGAACAGCUUGAUGAGCUGCAGGCCCACUGAUGGCACACACACACAUGAGCUGUAAUGCAAAUUUACAUUGACCUUUGGGUAACACAGUUGCUAACUUUAAACCACUUGUAAAUAUGUAUUUAAGUGAAUAAAUUAAAGAUGCAUCAUUA